AUGCUUGUCCACGUUAAAAUUGCCUUCGACGUUUAACGGUGUUUGAUUCGAGUUAUAUAGAACAAGGUAACCUGGCGUGGUUGGGCCGGCCCGUGUGGACUGUGGUUUACAUACACACACAGACAGACAACUUGAGUGCCGGGCACGACUAGUAUGAACAAAAUGACAGGGACGUCCAGUCGAAUACUCGUUGACGUCCCGUGUAAGGUGUGCCAAGACCAUUCAUCAGGGAAACAUUACGGGAUUUAUGCAUGUGAUGGGUGCGCUGGAUUCUUCAAGAGAUCUAUCAGGAGAAACCGACAAUACAUAUGUAAGGCCCGUGGUCAAGGGGCGUGUCCUGUUGACAAGACGCACCGGAACCAGUGCCGGGCAUGUCGGCUGACCAAAUGUCUGGAGGCGGGAAUGAACAAAGACGCUGUGCAGCAUGAACGUGGUCCGAGGAACUCCACAAUUAGGCGACAAGUGGCCAUGUACUUGAAGGAAGCCAGCGAGUUGCCGUCCGUCCUGGCUCACUCCCCAUUCAGACCCGCUUUUUUCCCCGGAUUAGUGAGCCUGGAUCACGUCACCCCUAAUGACGGCAUCACUGUCUCCGCUGUGGAUCACGGUUCGAUCCCUGGAUCUGUGCUGUGUCAACCAACACCAAAAUACCCACACGAACUCUCUCCGACAUAUUACAACAACCCCGAGGCUAUUUGUGAAGCGGCUGCCAGACUUUUGUUCAUGAGUGUAAAAUGGGCGAAGAAUGUUCCCGCGUUUCUCAGCUUGCCGUUCCGGGAUCAGGUCCUACUUUUGGAGGAGGGCUGGCGGGAAUUGUUUGUCCUUGGUGCCGCGCAGUUUCAGAUGCCUAUUGAAGCCGGACCCCUCCUCUCGGCUGCGGGUAUAAGCAGCGAGCACUCACCGGCGGAGAAAGUGGUGAGCAUCAUGAGCCAGAUCAGGGCACUUCAGGAAAUCAUCGGUAAAUUUAAAGCCCUUCAGGUAGACCCCACGGAGUACGCAUGCCUCAAAGGAAUCGUCAUAUUUAAAACAGCUUUUGCGGGCUCGUCAGCCUCGGAGAUGAAGACAUUACGGGACUUUCACUCAGUGGCAAGCCUUCAGGAUCAAGCCCAGCUCACCCUCAGCAAAUUCAUCCAGACAUCUUAUCCGACACAGCCCUUCCGGUUUGGCAAACUUCUUCUGCUUUUGCCCAAUUUGCGGGCGGUCUCCGGCAGCACGAUAGAGGAACUCUUCUUUCGGAAAACAAUAGGGAGCAUCCCCAUUGAGAGACUUUUAGUGGAUAUGUUUAAAUCCAGUGACUUUUAAAGCCUGAGAAAAUAUCUCGAUGGAAUUUAUUCUAUAAUUAGUGUAAAUUAGAAAUUUAUUUGUAAAUAUAGAAAGAGUAUUAUAUGUUCACCAUUGUACAGACUGGAUGUGUGUGUCACGUGACUGUUCGGAACAGAUGUGUUUUACUGUUGAUACUGUAGUGCUAUUCAAGUUUCAAGUGCUUCCGAUAUUAUAUAUCCGUGGAUAGCAGAGUGAAAAUAUUGACUGUGACCUGUUUUUUCAUACAAACGUAAGUACCAUUCCUUGUGGCAGUGUUUGUGCAAUUCUUCCAAAAGAACAAGUCGUGCACGGGUACUUUGCCGUUAUCUUCUGACAGCCUAAUGCACCAUAUAAGUGUGGCGUAUGGCGUCCUUUGACAUCUACGCUGUCUCAGAAUAAAUCCUUCCAGACCGAUGACGUCAUUGUCUUCCAUCACGGCGUCUUCUUCCAUCAUGGCUUCUUAUAUGAAGCUCUUCCUCUUCUUUUCCAUGACGUUUUUUAUAUACCACGCGUCUUCCCCUGCAUAACUUUUUCAUGAACCAAUAUUUACUGCUGAUGAUUUUUCGUCAUGUUAUCGUCUACAUUUCUGUGUAAUUUUGUUCGCGAAGAGUUUAUAAUAUUUACGUUACAUGAUCUCGAUUCGUAAAGUUUCCAUUCCGGACACCACUCUUGUUGUCAGUUGUAUAUAAUUUUUAAGAUUUACUAAAGAUUUCCAUGUACUGACUUGAAUGUUCAGAUCUCUGUAUUUGGAUAUUUCCAUUUCACCAUACAUUACAGCCAAAGGAGUCAUUUAAAAGAAUUACAUCGAUUAGUGCUUACUGCCAAAUCCAGUACUGAUGUUUGAAAAUUGCAUUACAAAGAACGUUACAUUGUCAGAACAUUACUUUGUGUGAACGUUACGUUGUGCCUGAUGUAUUCUUUGUGACUUCAAAGAAUAUGUCACAUUUUCUGGUCCGGCUAGGAUUCUCUCGAAGUCUUCUUCCUUGAUGAGAAUAAUACAAUAUUCGUGUAGGUACACUGAUUAUCAUGCCUUUUUCUGGUAUUUUACAAGGAUAGAUGCCUAAAUCGAUCAUACCGCGAAAUGAUUUUUCUUGUAACAUCAAGGCGGGUAUUAGGUUACAUCUUGAUGUAGGUUGUUGUAUAAAUGUCACAUAUGUCGCAAAGUUCUAUUGUUCACCAUACAUUUGGCUGUAAGGGUUUUUGUCGUAAGUAUUUUUGUGACUAUAACGUUGUCACGUUUUGUUGAGGUGUUUUCAUCUGCAAAACAUGUUGUGUCGUUAAAAUCUGCUAUAUUGUUUCUUCCACACAUGUUCAGAAACAAAAAUCUGUUUUACACUCCGCGUAGGGUUCAUCUGAAAUAAGCAGCCAUAAGAAUUUCGUAUUCUAUAACCGGAAACGUUCGAUCUGAUAUGAAAUAUGCGGCGAUUCACCUACCCAUCUUGUUUUUGGCAACAUUUGGUGAAGAUUAAGUUGUUGAGAAAUAAAAUAUUUGCAAUGAAAAUGUUGUGUUGCCUCAGCAUAUGUAAUACAUAAACAAUGCCGUAACCCAGGCUGGUGUAUUUGUUGGACGCUUAUAGACUUACGAGAUAAAAUAUUAUUUAUCUCGCAACC